CCGCAUACUCCUUUCAGCUCAGAACGAAGCAGAGUAGCCCAAUCACGCACACAGGCAAAACAAAACCAGCAUUUCCUCCCCUCCACGGAUCCACGCCGCUGCUCUCAGCUAAGCUCCUGACCCGACCCGUGGCCAUGAUGAUGGCUUCACGAGCAGCCGCCGCUCUCCGCGCAGCCGCACUGCAGGGCUACCGGAGGCCGGUCUCCACCGCCACGGCGGGGGCCGCGCAUCCGGAGAGCGCGAAGGCGAAGCCCGUGGGCGACUACGUGCCGGUGUACGUGGCGCUGGGCAUGAUAGCGCUGUCCGUGACGUUGGGGCUGCACACGGCGCGGCAGCAGCUGGCGCACGCGCCCAACGUCCGCCUCGACAAGCGGAAGCGCGAGACGGUGCCCGAGGUGGUCGACCCGGACCUGGCCCUCGACGAGGCCGAGCGCUUCGUCGGCAGCUCGCUCUUCCGCAAGGUCGCCCACGUCCAGGACGACCGCUCCCUCACUGCCGGCGUCGCCGACCCCGUCACAGAAUACCCCGUGAGGAAAGCGGUGACGCUCAAGGACGUCGGCGUGGACCCGCCGGGAAUCCCUGAGCAGAGCAGGGAGGGUAUCCUCGACAGGAUCCUCAGGAAGAACCACGCUUGAUUACUUCCAGAAGAGCCGGCCAGAUCGUCGUCGAUCCGCUACUACUACUACUAAGCUUGGUUUCUUGCGUUAAACUAGUUAGUUCUGCACUUCAGUUAGUGUGGAUAAUGUGGUCAGAUCGGCUGCCCUUUUUACUAAAGCCGACCGAUGUAUCGCGAACGUUUUCUUUUUCUUUUCUUUUCGCGGGGACGGACGAUGUAUCGCCAACUUGCACGUGAUGCUGACGUGCUGAUGUACAUAUCCAGUGGAGAGCUCUGGUCUCUGGUAGUCGCUGGACAAUAAACUGUUUCCUUGCUCUGGUAUAUAUUCUGGGUGUUUACUGCAC